CGCUGACAGGAGUAGGCCGAGUCGCACCGGUCGCACAGAAACGAGGACAUUGAACACUGCCCCUGAGGACAGAAGGGCCCUACUGGGAGCGCAAUGCUGGAAUAAUCCGAUUAAUGAGCUUCAACUGGCAUCAUUGGAGCAGUGAAAACGACUGCUAUUCGAAACAUCUCUGAUGCAAUCAUGAGGUUUCUGCUGCCGCGUCGCGUCGCCAGACGCGCUCGCCUGUUGUUCGUCCUCGCUGCCUUUUGCACGCUCCUUGUCUUCUUCUGGAGCGGCGGCGGCGCUCUCCGGCUGUCGCCCCACCGGAUAUCAAAUGCCGGUCUCUACCGACCGUCGGAGGACGCUGCGUCUCUUUGCCGCCGUCAUGGCUGGAGACCCUUCAGGCCACCAAAAUCCUUCUCCUGGUGGCCGCUGGCCCCAGCCGAGGAGCAUCCAAGACCCCGCAAGGUCUACGACCUGUUCAUGAUCAACAACGAGAUGGAGUGGCUCGAGGUCCGCCUGAAUACCACCUACGAGCUUGUCGACCAUUUCGUGGUGGUCGAGGCCCCCCUCACAUUUACCGGGCUGCCCAAGCCACUCGUCAUCAAGGAAAACUGGGACCGGCUCCGGCCCUAUCACGCCAAGCUCUUUUAUCACGAGCUGCAGUACCCGCCAGACUACAACCCGCCAAGGCCCUGGGACCGCGAAGAUCUGCAGCGCGACGCCUCGCUGGAGCAGGCCCUCCCGCGCCUGGCCGCCGAGGUGCCCGGGGCGGCCCCGCGGGCCGGCGACGCCCUCGUCGUCGCCGACGUGGACGAGAUCAUCCGGCCCGAGACCCUGCGCCUGCUGCGCGCCUGCGAAUUCCCGCGCCGCCUGACCCUGCGCAGCCGCUUCUACUACUACGGCUUCGAGUUCCUGCACCGCGGGCCCGAGUGGCCGCACCCGCAGGCCACCUACUAUGAGGGCGCCCGCUCCAGCUCCGCCGGCGGCGGUGGCACCACCAUCAAGCCGACCAACCUGCGCAACAGCGACGGCGGCUUCGCGCCCCUCUCCUGGCUCGACAUGGCCGACCUAUGGAACGCCGGCUGGCACUGCUCCACCUGCUACCGGACCGUGGCCGACGUGCUGCGCAAGAUGGCCUCCUUCUCCCACGUCCCGCUGAACCAGGAGGUGUUUCGGGACCCGAACAGGAUCGCCGAUCGGGUCCGUAGGGGUAAGGAUAUCUGGGAUCGCGAGGGCGAACACUACGACUUCGUCCCCAAUAACACCGACAUGCCGCCCUUCUUGCUGGCGAAUCCAGAGCGGUUCGGAUAUCUGCUAAACCGGACGGGGGAGUCCGCCGGCUUCGAGGACUACCUCCCUUAGGAUUCAGGGGGAGAGCGCAUCUUAAUUUGUUCAUCCAAUACAGCCAUUAUUGAAUUUGCCCUUGAGUCAACAAUUAUUGGGUGAUGAAG